AUGUCGCAAGAUAUUUCUUGUGGUUUAGAGUAUUUAACCACGCCAGACUUACAAGCAUGUCUCACGGAGGCACUACACUGUAAUUAUUCAUUUAUAGUUACACCAGUGGUUCACCCACGUUUUCGUCGUUCGUAUGUGUCUGGUGUAAGUAAAGUUGGAGGCUUCACACGGUCAGAUAUGAUACUGUCUCCUCAAGAUUGGACUAGUCGAAUUGUUGCCAAGAUAUCACCCUAUAUCUGCGUAGAUUCAAUGUCACCAGUAGUACGCCAGCGUCACGAGGAUUGUUUAAACGAAGAACUCUCACACUGCCGAGGUCUUGGUGUACCGGCUAUUAUGUUAUCAUUAAGGUCGAGUAACACAAAUAAUUUGGCUAGAAUUCUUCAAACAUAUUAUGAAACUAGUCAUCACCCUUCCCUUAUUUGGGCGUCUGUACCUAUGCUAUCCACAAGAACAGCUCAACGCAACAUUCAAGAUGACGAAGAAAGUGAAGAGGCAUGGAAUGAGACGUGGCAUUGGUGGUCAAAAUUCCAUGAGAGAUUAGAUUGGGAUAAACGAGUUGGGGUAGUUUUAGAACUCUCUGCCGAUCUCCCUUCACAAGAAAUACUGAAAAGAUGGCUUGGUGAACCUGUAAAAGCUAUAAUAGUCCCAACAUCUAUUUUCCAUAACAAUAAAAAAGGAUAUCCAGUAUUAUCAAGAGCACACCAACAGUUAGUAAUUAAUAUGGUAGAACAUGAAGCACAGGUUAUUGUAAGUGGAGCGAGAAGAUCAAAUAUUGAAUAUUAUGUUCAAUAUCUCUACCGUAUAUGGCAAAGAAGACCUUAUAAAGCUGAUGAUCCUAUGCUUAGUUAUGCUAAGGGGUGGGAAGAUUAUCUUCAAACACCCUUGCAACCUCUUGCUGACAACUUGGAUACUCAUACAUAUAAUGUUUUUGAAAAAGAUCCUGUUAAAUAUGAUCAAUAUCAAAAGGCUAUCACGCAAGCCUUAAUAGACGUAAGACAAAAGCGACAGGUCAAAGACAAUGAUCAAAUUGUGAAUGAACUUUGUAGUGAAGUCAAUGAUUUUUCUGUAUCUUAUGAGAAAAAAGAAGAAGGACAAGGCGACAACAAAGUAGUACAAAACGAACCCGUCACUGUAAUGGUUUUAGGCGCUGGUAGAGGACCCCUUGUUCGAGCAACAUUAAAUGCUGCUGAUAUAACACAAACUAAAGUGAAGGUUAUAGCUGUAGAGAAAAAUCCAUGUGCUGUAGUAGUGCUAGCUGCACAAGCCCGUGAAGUUUGGCGAGAUCGUGAUGUCAUACUCAUUCCUGGUGAUAUGAGACAAAUAAAUCUUUCUCCAAAAGCUGAUAUUAUUGUUUCAGAAUUGUUAGGCUCGUGGGGAGAUAAUGAACUUUCCCCAGAAUGUUUGGAUGGCGCAGCUGGACUUUUGAAAGUGGAUGGCAUAUCCAUUCCCAAUGAGUACAAUUCCUACGUGGCACCAAUUUCUUCUGCUCGAUUGUGGGCAGCCGCUAAAGCGGCAUCAUCUAAUUCGGCACAACAACGAGACAAGAACCUUGAAACACUAUGGGUUGUGUAUAUGCAAAAUAAACAUGACAUUGCUGAAACUAAGCUUGUGUUUACAUUUAAACACCCAGCUAAAGGUACAAGGGAUCAUGAAGGUAAAGAAGUGACUGAUUACAGAGGGUUACCCCUUACAGAUAAUAGAAGAUCAGCAAUUGUUUCCUGGGAAGUGAAACAAGAUAAUGUGAUGCAUGGUUUUGGAGGGUAUUUUGAUUGUUCACUUUAUGGAAAGGAAAUGAUAAGUAUUGUCCCAUCAACACAUAGCCCUGGAAUGAUAUCAUGGUUUCCUGUUUUUAUACCGAUUAAGACUCCUUUAAGAGUACACAAGGGAGAAAUUAUAACUGCCACAUUCUGGCGUUGUGUCAAUUCACGGCGAAUAUGGUACGAGUGGAUUGUAGAAGUAGGAAAUUGUACCACACCUUUGCACAAUCCGAAUGGGCGUAGCUCCGAAAUGCUGCUGUGA